CCCCCCCCCUCUAUCUUCCUCUUUUCUCUUUCCCUCUGUGGAUACAAGGGUUUAGGUGGUCAGUCACACAGACAGAAACAAGCGUGUGCUCCGCUUGUUUUAACUCUUCUCACUCAGUUUUGUUCCACCUGCGUGUGUCCUCACACUCACUCCGCACCUCCUCCUCCUCCUCCUCUCCCCCCCGGCACAGCGUGUGAUGGUGCGUCCCCUCCUCUUGGCCCUGGAGACAUGCCCGUGCAGGAGAUGGCGGUGAGUCCUGUCAAGUCCCUGUACUGGGAGCAGUUCCCGCCUAUGUCCCAGCGCCGCGUCUACUGCACCCCUGUCUACCACGAGGGCCUGCUCUACGUGCUGGGGGGCUGCAGCGAGACCGGCAUGCCCCUGGACAGCGUCGAGGUCCUGGAUGUAGACAGCCAGACGUGGAGCCAGUUACCACCGCUGCCCACUGCGCGGGCGGGGGCGUCGGCUGUGGAGCUGGGUGGCCAGGUGAUGGUUCUUGGGGGCAUGAAUCAGCAGCAGACCCCGCUGGCCUCUGUGGAAAUGUAUCACCCUGAUGAGGGCAAGUGGGAGACGAGGGCCAGCCUUGGUCAACCAUCAAUGGGCAUCACCAGUGUGGAGAAAGAUGGGAAGGUAUAUGCGUUUGGGGGUAUGGGAGCAGACACCACACCACAGGCCCUGGUGAGGGUUUAUGAGCCAGAGAAGGACCAGUGGCUGCCGCUGACCUCCAUGCCCACGCCGCGGUAUGGAGCCACACCCUUCGUGACAGGAAACAAAAUCUUCAUGUUGGGCGGUCGUCAGGGAAAGAUGCCGGUGACGGCGUUGGAGGCGUUCGACCUGGAGAUGAAGAGCUGGACACGCUACCCCUGCAUCCCGAGCAGGAGGGCCUUUUCCUGCUGCACCACGAACGACCGCAGCCUCUUCAGCCUGGGGGGCCUCCAGCAGCCGGGGCCGCACAACUUCUACUCCAGACCUCACUUUGUCAGCACCAUGGAGGAGUAUGACCUGGAUCAAGGUAUUUGGCUCAAACCCACCCGGUCGUCCAGGAUGAGGGAGAAGCGGGCCGACUUUGUGGCAGGAUGCCUGGGGGGAAGGGUCAUCGCAGCUGGAGGUCUAGGUAAUGAGCCGUCGCCGUUGGGCACUGUGGAGAGCUACAACCCAGUGAAGCGGCGCUGGGAGUAUGUGGUGCCCAUGCCGACUGCACGCUGCUCCUCUGCCCUCCUGCAGACGACCGGCAUGCUCUUUGUCAUCGGUGGCGUUGCCCAGGGACCCAGUAACGCCGUGGAAGCCCUCUGCUUACAGGAAACGGUGUGACACAUGCACGCGCACGGACACACACUCACGCGGGAAGGAACGCAAAGCGGCGCUGAUAUUCUAUUCAUGUGUGUGCAGAGACAAAAGAAGUGGAUCCACGGAAAACACUUUGAGAUACCUUUCUAUCUUUAUGUCCCCACAACUGGAUUCAUACACUGGGAUAUAACAUUCAGCAAGCUUUUUUUUCCAAAUUGGAGCUGCAGAGACAGUUCCAGACUGAGAUGGACGAACACAAGGUUGAGGACAUUCAAGCUGACUGCUGUGACUGGCAAAGACAGAAAACUGACGGCUUUUAUGCUCUGGGGAAAUCAGAGGAAGAGAAAACAUGAGCAAAAAGAACAGACACACACACACUAACACACACAAACACACACACACACACACACGUGUCUGAAGAAACAAGACGCCUUUCAACUGUUGCAUUUCUGUGAAUCAAAGCAGGGUACUUUUCUCGAUGUUAAAGGAACAUAGGGCCAUAUCUGUAUUUAAUCUUUGCAGCGGCGUCGCUCUCCGCUGCUGCUUCAGCACAGCAAGCUCGGACCCCUUUUUUCUAUGGCCUGUGACAUUCUGGGAAUGUGAAUGUCUGUUUUGGUUUCUUCUGCUUUGGUGGCGGUGUUGUACGCAGCACUUGUGACUUACAGCGCUGCUAAAAACCGCUGCCACAGUGUCAACAUGAGUGUCCCCUGACAUGCGUUUCACAACACGAGUGACCAGUGAAACGCCAGCUGAUGUUGACCAAAUUCACUGUGUUUCCCAUAUUUGUAGUUGUGGCUGAACUAGUCGUCGCGUCGCUUUGCUGUGCACACAUUUCUAACAUGAGCACGGCAGCAAUCAAUCACCGAUCUCAAACGGCUCGACGGUUCUUCACACUGUAGGACAGGGAUAUAGUGGCUCAUUGAGUGAACGCAGAGGUAGUCGUACAGUACCUGCUGCACUGAAGCAUCCUGACAGAUAAGUGAUAUUCACAAUAUCAGCUGCCUGAGGUAUAAUGUUCCCCUCGAGUGUUAUGGUUGAUAGCAGUUCAUUGUAUUCUUUACUUGAAAUUCAGCGGCCGCAUGAAAAGGGAAGACCACCUGCAGUCCAUGAAAACUGUGCAGUAUUAUGGAUCAAAGAAAGACAUAAUAGAAAAUGACAAAAUCAUACUGUAUGUGUGGAUUAGGGUUCCAUUUAUUGUGAUUAUGACUAUGUUGAUUGUGACCUCAUACAUUUACAGGCUGCAUGCCCCCGUGGCAAAAUUAUACUUCCUGGUUGCAACCCUAACACUUCCAGGAAAUUGAGGAUGGAUUGGGGAUGAGGUUCUAUGAAGAAGAGGGAAACCCCUGGCUCAUUAUUAUUAUAGUUACUGCCUUUCUGCACAAGUAUAGAUGGUAAAAUUGUCUAUUCAUCCAGAAAGAAACAUCUCUAUUUUGUUGUCGAAAAUAGGAAAUACCUGUUGGCUCAAAAGGAGACUGAAACGUUUGUAGCUCGCUCCCUAAGCUUGAGAAAAAAUGGUAGCUGCAGGUAGUUUGCAAAAAGUCAACAUUUCAAGGUAGAAACUGCAGGAUAUUGUGCAGGAAAAUCUGCUUCACCUGUGAUGUUCCUACCGUUUAGCCUAUGAAUCACUAAUUAUGCUUCUUCUGGCCCAAGUUGGAAGAAACAAAGAAAUAUUUAGUCAGUCAGUGAUAGGGAAGUAUAAAAUGGUGUCAUUUACAAAUGACAGGUUACUCUUGUAAAAGUUAAAGUAUCUUAAAUGUGACAUUAUGCUCAUAUUCAGGUUCAUACUUUUAAUUUGGGUCUCCACUUGAAAAGGAUUUACAUGCUAUUGUGUUCAGAAAAGGCAUCAGUGUUCUCAUACUGCCAAUUCCUGCAGCUCCUCUUUUCACCCUCUGUCUAGAACGCCUGCAUUUCUAAAACCCCAGUCUGCUCUGAUUGGCCAGCUGGCCCAGUCUGUUGUGAUUGGCCAACUGCUUUCAAUAUUUGUAGGAAAUUUCACACCCCUUCAUCAGAGAAGUGGAGAUUCUCAGAUUCCAGGCGGGGUUACACCAAAAGAGUCCAACUGUGACAAUCAUGUCAGAGCCACUUUUCAACUCUGGAGCACAUGAGUCUCCGAAAGCAGACUUCAGGGAUUCAAGAUCCAGUUUGUUCGGCCUGAGUUGAGGCUUUGUGUACAAGAGUUGCCGUGCAGAACCAUCUGUGGCAGAUUCCGUGACCUGUGGACAGCAGACGAGCCUGCUGCUUCGGCAGUGUUGCCAUGUGGCUUGCAGCCUCUCCUGGUCUGUCCCUUUUUAUCCGUGCACUUCUUCUGCUGUGGCCUGUUCCUGCCAUUCUUGCAGCAUGUUUGAAUGUCCACAUGAAUCUACAGCUUUUCCAUUCAAAACGGAUGUACUGGAACAGUCCAUCAUCCUUUCCAUUACUGCUCGAGCAGAUGACGCACUAAAAAUGGAACUUUUUACUGAAAUUUGCAUUAGUCUGAGAGUAAUUUACCACAUUAAUUCACCUAUUACCUACUGCCUGGGGAAUGCAGGUGAUGAUAUUUGAUAAGUAAGUUAAUUUUAAUUCACCGUGUGUGUGUGUGUGUGUGUGUGUAUUUGAUGACUAACCGAGGGAAGAUACAGUGUGCUACAAAAGGACAGAUGGAUGUGAGAGCUACAGUGAGGGGGACACAGGGAUAUUAAAGUGAGAUUGGCUAAUCGAUAUGAUUGGUCAGUUCACAUUAAUGAUGCGUUUUACUGCUGUAGCACACACACAAUGUUGAGCCUCACGCCUUACCUGUGUGAUGUGUCAUUUAAAGACAGCGCCUAGCUUCUACACGCAAACUAUUGUUGAAUAAAUGUUGCGGGAUGAUGCUAUGCACCAUAUCACCUUUAAUCAGGAAAAAGACAUAUGUAUUCAUAAAUAUACAGAUGGGAGAGAUAAAAAGGCUGCAGAUGAGUUAAUGAUACAGAGAGGGAGGAGAGAGCUAUCUCUGGCCUGCAAAGUAAGCAGUGUUUCUUAGACAAACACACACACACACACACACACACACACACACACACAGUUCCCCACUGCCCCCUCUUGUACUCUUUUUGGUCUGCACCCUGGCAGACCUUGUUAGCAGAGUCAGGAGCUCAGAGGAGAUGCCUUAUGAGAGUUGGUUAUUUCUGGUCCAACAUUGUGUACACACACACACGCACGCGCACACGCACGCGCACACGCACGCGCACACGCACACACUCCUGCUUGUACGCAAAGCCAAGCACAGACAUUCUGAGUUAUAUCUGGCCCCCAACCACAAAAGCCUGGAGGGACCACGGAGAUCAGUUUCUCUAAACAGCAUUGCUGGUAGGGGACUGUGGCCCAUCAUACAAAACUGAUUAGCCUACUUAAUGCAGCUCCUGUGUGUGUGUGUGUGUGUGUGUGUGUGUGUGUGUGUGUGUGUGUUGGUGAGAGAGAGAGGUCUUGUUUUACUACACUGCUCAAAAACAUUUUGAAAAAAAGGGGCAGUAAGCGAUUUUGGAGAAAGCUUGUUUCUCUCUUUGUUGUGGUUGUGAUUUUACUGCUCGGGCCAGGCCGCGAAAACCCGCGACCUCGGCAAUGUGAGGUCCGACGCACUAACCCAUGGGCCAAAACCCCCGGGGUUGCAGCACCACCUGCUCGCACGUCUGUUAAGGUGCCAACGAGGGAUGUUUUCAAACUCUCAGUGCUGUGAGGUGCGGUCUGCACCAGUUUCUGGCUUUCAAUCGACAGAGCCUGGGCUGAGCCGAACUCCCGAUUUCUUUUUUCGCCGCACACGUGGAACCGACAGCUCACGGACGGUGAGGAAAUAUUCGCAUUUUUACAAAACGUGUAUUGCUUUAGAAUCGCUUACUGCCCCUUUAAGGGAACACUUUAGUCAUUCGAAUAAUUUGUUUGGCAAACGCAUAUUUAUUUUCGUAUGACUUGACAAUUUCACCCAAAAGCCACCAACUCCUAAGGGAAACUAUGUGGCUCUUUAGCUACCAAAUGCUCGACGAGGUUCACCUGCUAGUCUCCGACUGUGUCUCAUCAGAGGUUGAGAGCGCAGACAUUCAUUCAAGUAGCCGGUUUGUCACUACAAGGGUAUGAUCAUAAUGAUUUGGGCAUCCUUUAAUUUCUUCCUUUCUCUCAUAGUAAUUGCCAGUAGGGGCCAGAGAGGGGCCUCCAUUCAUUCAGUUGUUGAGCUGCUUACCACUGAAUAUGUGUGGAUGAUUAUAUAUGAAUUUCUUUUUUUUAAAAUCUCUGUUUUGGUCUCCACCAGAUGUACAAAACAUGGUAUCAGCUUGAUGCGUUUUUGACCAGCCAGCAGUCAGCUGCCACUGUAAACAGUGCGGGCCCUGCAACCAAAACAAUGAGCUACAAAAGGCUGAAAGGCAUAGCUCAGCAGAUUUAGUCUGAAUUCAGUCUGCAACAACUUUCACAUGACACAUAGUUCUUUUAUGCAAUGAUACCAUAAAAAAGAUUCACAAGUGCAGUAACAACGAAUCCAUAAUUUCCUCUGUGUGUCUGUGCUUGUGUUUGUGUUGUGUUUGUCAAUUCAUGGUUGCCGCCGGCGCAUGCUUGUGCAAAUUUGGGACACUGCGCCGUCUGUCAUUGUGUGAGUCUGGAACGUGUACAAAACAGUCUAUAUGACACACUGCGGUCCCAAAGGAAUUCUGGGACUUCUCCAGCGAUAGCUCGCUGUGUCUGGUCGCUUUGGUUCUAUUUGUUAGAAGAAGAUAAGAACCUUUCUCCGACCCUGCUGCUGUCAGAUUGUUUUACAGUGAAGAUGGCUCCUCAUGAAUCGGUUUUUACUGGCUCCCCAUGUGACAUGUACGUUUCAGGCUGUUUGCUCACUGGAGUCACUAUCUUUCUGCUGCUCCUGACAGCAGCCUGGGAAACACAGAGCAGACAAGCAGGAUGCUUCAGUGCAGGUAGCCGCUCUUUCAGUAGGCCAUCAGCGGAGGAUGCCAAAGCAUAUGUAAAUGUGUUCUUACUGGACUAGUUGGAAGCCAAAAUGUAUUGUGGACCUGCUUCCUACGACAUGAGCGUUAACAAACUGAGUCCGAACACUCUGGCGAACCUGAGGCAGGGGCCACUGCAAUAAGAGCCCCUAAAACUGGUCCACAGGUGUGUAAUGCCCCGCGCUAUAUAGCAGUGUUGGAAAAUGGACACAAAAAUGCUCAAGUACACUACAUUCUUUUCAGGCACGUUUACAUUAUCUGAAGCAAACAGAAGUUACGUGCAAAUUCCCGCAGAAAAAGUUGCCUUGUGAUUCAUUACCUCUGGAAACAUUUGUCGACGCAGCAUGUACUGUGCGCCCUUGUCCCGAGACACAUCCAGGGCCCUGUUCUGGUGUGACGGCACGCUGUGUGCCUUGAUUCACAAAACGAGGCCCAUAGACUCAGGUUCUGACAAAACACCGGGGGCGCGUUCAACGCAGUGCAAAGCCGGGGGCGGAGGAUGCUGAAUUUACUUCACUCAUGAAUCCCUCGUAGAACUGUGUCUUAUCUUUUGACAGUACAAGAGCCUCCCUGCAUUUUUCCUUUCUUUUCUCCAGUGCAGGAAAACAUCAACACAGUUCCCUGGGCAACCGGGUCAAAACCUGGUGGCCCCGGGGUAGCAUAAAUGGGUUCCUCUUUCAUUGGUGUAUCGAACAUCCUCUCUGUUAUUGAUGAGGUGAUCAGGAUUAGGUGAUACUCGUUUUUUUGUUCUUAACUCUUCAUUGUUGUUGUUUUCUGUGGUUUUUUUUUCAUCCCUCCAGUUGUUUGUGCUGUUGAUUGAGGUUGUGAGAUGACAGUGUUGUUGUGUUGUCCAGCUUGGAGCUGGGUUCCUCAAAGUGGUUGUCACUAGUUACUUGUUCUCGCAACGCUUUGCGUUGGCUGAUGUUACGGCAAAAAUUAUUUUCAAUAGAAAUAGAUACAUGAAUGUGUUUAUUUUCACCACGUUGGUCCGACAAGCUGACGGGAGCAAAAUUUGUGCAAUAACCAGAACAAGGAUGUACGGUAAGUCAUGACGACAGCUAACAUCCGGUUCAAUCCCCCAAAAAAAGUGAUAUUUAGAAUGACAAAAAAGUCAACAGAGAUAUAUUUGGAACAAACAAACAAACAUGUUUGUAUUCCUAUUUGAGUGUAUGAGUGGUUUAUGACUAAAUGGAUUUCAAAUCUCAAAUGGCCAUGGGCAGAAAGUUUAAAAAAGUACCAUUGAAUUUUGAAGCAAGAGGCUUCAAAUAACCGCCCUCUCGGAGCCUCUCGAGAACCGCGGGUUCUCAAAGCCGUCCAUCAUCUUCGGUGCCGAGUGUUAUUGUGAAACUAAUCUGUACAUACAUCUUGGAGAGACACAAACUCUCUCCCCACCCUCUGCUUCGGAUCCCUCUUGUCUGUCGCGUGCUGUCUACCUGCGGUGACUGGCGUGGUAGAAAACCCGGUCUGUGGUCUCAGUGGAUCAGUAUUGCCGUGCGCUCUUUGCUGUAUGUGACAAUGUGAUUUUGGGAGGUUAACUGAACCUGAUGAAAUGUUCUGACGGUGAUAAGAAGGAUGGAAAACUGAACGUCAAGAAGGGAGGACUCGUCUCACUCGGAUGAUAUGUGUGGGGAGGUGUGAGGCAACAUGUGCGAAACACUAAAGUCAAUAUAUCUUUGGUUAUGUUACAAUGCUUUAAGCCUCGUAUUUCAUCCAUAAAAUGACGGUGUAAACAUUUAAUAAUGUAACCCCCCGCCAUUCAAAUAGACACACACAAACCGCGCACACAAACACAGUAAAUCAAGGCCAUGCAGCACCGACGUCACUGGCCUCACACUUACAGCGACAAGAUCCAAAUGUGAAAAGAAAGAAAUGGUUAAAUAUGACAUAAAUACAAAAGCACUUCACACAAUGACAUACUGUCUGGUUACAAAUGCAGCACAGUAGCCGAGAUAACUAGACCUCUGUUUCACUCGAAUCCAAUUAACUGACAUUUUGAGAAACUGAAGAUCAGUUUCGUUUGGUUUAUGUUUGGAAUUUUUUCAGAUCUGUGUCACGCACGUGCCCGGGCUCUUUAGAAGCGCAAUACUCUAGGAGGCUAUGAAUUUAAUCGGUCACAUCAUAAAAAUGUCCUGUGUUGUCAGAUUUGAUCACAGGUUCAAUACCAGUCACAUGCAUUUCAUUUGAAAUGAAAUAAAACUCAUAUAUACAAUUUCAAAAUUGCACUAAAUAAUACACAAAUUCACAACCACUACCUCUGAAACGUGGUUGUAACACCAUGGACCCCUCAGAGUAAAGUUGAGGAUGGAAAUCGGCAUUUUCCUGACAAACCCGACAUGAGAGUUUGACAUUUUUGUCAGCAUGUGUGAAAAGAGUAAGAUGGGAAGUUGGAUACCCCUUUAUCGUCUCCAGCUAGAACUUGGAAGCGAUUACAUGGUCUUAUUAAAUAUACUGUUUGUCCGUUUAUCUAUCCAACUAGUACUUACAUUUUCGGCUGUUGCCUGGCAACCUCAGUGUUACACAGUACUUGGGAAAAGUCACAAAAGGCUGGCAGUUGUUUGCUGAGAAAUAAUCAAGUAUACCCUGCUCACAAUUACAAGCUACCCGCCUCCUAUAGUAUUUUUUUCUUUAUUUGAAGCGAGUUUUCUCACCUCCUUGCUUUAAUCUUCAGGCUCCAUGCACAGACACGAGAAUGGUGACGAUCUUCUUAUUCAGCUUCCAGACGCACAUUUUCCCACAUUGUCAAAUUAUCCCUGUAAUCAACACACAAUUUCCUGAUUUUGACGGGGGUCCCAGUAGGUCAGCAUGUGACAUAUAUCAUCGUACAGGGGCAAAGGUCAAGGCAGAGCAUCACUCAGCAGCAAACAUGAUAUGCAGCACAUUGUGUUGUUGAUCAAGCAAGCGUGAGGAGCUUAUUCUGCGGCACAGAUGGGCAAAGUUAUUAUGACAUAAUUCAUGCUGCUUGAUAAUCCCUCUAAAACAAACAGGAUUAGGCCGCUGCUUGUUCACAAGAGGAGCUUUUUACCCACUCACACAGACAAAGAGAGUGAAACAUAGGGGAUAUGUCGGCAUGGCUUUUGUUAUUAUGACUUCGUAUUGUAAUUAUAAUAGUAAUCAUAGUAACAAAAGUGGUCGGGUUAUUGUUAUUGUCACUGUAAUAGAUUCGUGUGACACUGCAGUGUUUAAAGUGUUGGAUGGAAGGCGAAACACAAAGCAGAGCAAAAAAAAAAGUGUAUUAUCAGACUGUAUGAAGGAAUCCGGGGCUCGGCCAGACUCAGUCAGAGUAGUAGGAUGUUUUGAUGUUCACGUGGAAAGGCUGCCUCCGCUCACUGAAGCCUGCCAGUCCCACUGUUACACUAAAAAAAAAACUCAUAACAAAGGUUGAUGUUUAAAAGUUUUCCUUUCAGGCUGGAUUCUGUCAGUCCCAUUAGCAGCUAUUUACCCUCAGUUAAUAACAUCAUAAUGGGAGAUUUCUUAUAGCUCAUUAUUCCUUCCUAUUAAUACAAAUACUAUCAACAUCCUGGAGGGUAUAUUUGAAAAACCCAAGAGUCUUCUCAACAUGUAUUCAGAUUACAUGCUUUGGUCCAAGACGAUCCACAUCAGAUAACUCAAUCUCGUGCAUUUUUUGUAAUAUUUUGGAGUAUUGUGUGUGUGUGUGUGUGUGUGUGUGUUGCUGUAUUCCAGGCUGGCAGGCUUUGGUUUUCAGACCGGGUCGUUGAUGUGACUCCAGUGCAGUAGUUCAGUGCCUAUACUAAAUGUGAGGUAGGGCCUCGACUAUGAAUCCUGUUCAAUAAUAAACUAUUUUGACUUGC